ACACUUUUUUACCGAAGAUAUGCAGCUCCUUACUCGUAAAGGUGUUUACCCUUACGCCAAGACAGUAUGGAAUAAUUUUAAAUGCAAAAAUCUCGGAGAAUAUAGCGACCUUUAUCUCAAAAUCGAUGUUCUAUUAUUGGCCGAUGUAUUUGAAAACUUCAGAGACAUGUGCAUUUCAACAUACAAUUUAGACCCCGUUUUCUAUUAUACCGCUCCGGGAUUCAGUUUCGACUGCAUGUUAAAAUACACUAACGUCAAAUUAGAACUACUCUCUGACUUUGACAUGCACUUAUUUUUUGAAAACUCAAUCCGCGGCGGUCUCACACAAGCUAGCAUGAGGUACGCUAAAGCCAAUAAUGAAAAGACUCCAGAUUAUGACACGACUAAGCCAAAUUCAUGGAUAGUUUAUCAAGACUGCAACAACUUGUACGGGUGGGCAAUGUCACAGUAUAUGCCGUACGGUGACUUCAAGUGGGUUGAACCUAAAUUAGACGGACUAGAUGUUUUAUCACCUACCUCAGAUUUAUGCAGAGUGUAUGAAGUAGACAUAUCAUACCCAGAAAAUUUACAUUAA